UACCUGAUCACCUACAACGUGUCAAAGAAGCACAAUCUAGGCACGCUGGCGAGGUGCGCCACGGCGUUCAACGUGCGGCAGCUGUGCCUGGUGGGAUCGCGGCAGUUCAACACAUUUGGCGCACACGGCUCCAGCGAGUAUGUGGACUUCUGCCACUACAACACACUGGACGAGUGCUGCCAGGACCUGAAGGACAACAAGGGGUGCACGGUGGUGGGGGUGGAGAUCAUAGAUGGCGCGCAGCCGGUGCACCGAUUCCCGUUCCGCGGCAACACAGCCUUCAUGCUGGGGAAUGAGGGCCAGGGCCUGAACGAGAAGCAGCUGGCGCUGUGCGACUCCUUCCUGUACAUUCCGCAGUACGGCGCCGGUACCGCCUCCCUCAACGUCGCCGUGGCCGCCUCCAUCGUGCUCCACCACUUUGCCCUGCACGCCGGUUACGGCGAGAGGCAGCGAGAGGGCUACAAGUUCACGCUGGGCGAGCGGCCGCAGCGCACAGCCCCACGUGGCGUGGUGCCGCUCAGUGGCGAAGAGCUGGCGGCAGAGCGGCAGCGGCGGCAGCGGGCGGCGCAAGACGGCGACGCCGAC